AUGACAGUGAAGUUGGGAGACGGCGGCGGCGGGGAGGACGGACUCAAGAGGCUGGGCAAGCGGGCUGCCGACGAGGAUGCGCUGGAGGGCGAGGGCGCCGGCGGCGGGGAUCCGGCCGAGGACGGCGGUGGCACAAAGAGGGACGGCAAGACCCCCCGGGGCGGCGGCGCCCCGGCCCCCGCCAGCGGCCCGCAGGCCCCGUCGCCGCCGCCCGCCUGCCCCCAGGACCAGCACCACUUCCUCCGCUCCAGCGUGCGGCCGCAGAGCAAGCGGCUCCGGAAGGACUCGGCGGGCGCCGGGGGCAGCGGCGGCGGCAGCACCAGCGGCUCCGGGCCUCGCGGGAAAGGAGCUGAUGGUGGUGGAUCAUCAUCUGGAAAUGGGCCUGGGGUUACCCCUGCUGCCCCUGCAGGGGCCUCUCGCUCCACCUCCCGGAAUUUAGGAUCUUCUGGCGGUGAGAAGGAAGAAGGCAAAAAAGUCCGGCGACAGUGGGAGUCCUGGAGUACUGAGGACAAGAACACCUUCUUUGAGGGGCUGUAUGAGCAUGGAAAAGACUUUGAAGCCAUCCAGAACAACAUAGCUCUCAAGUAUAAGAAGAAGGGCAAGCCCGCCAGCAUGGUGAAGAACAAAGAGCAAGUGAGGCACUUCUAUUACCGCACGUGGCACAAGAUCACCAAGUACAUCGACUUCGACAAUGUGUUCUCUCGAGGGCUGAAGAAGUCGUCUCAGGAGCUGUAUGGUCUGAUCUGCUAUGGCGAACUGCGCAAGAAGAUUGGGGGCUGUAUGGAUGACAAGAAUGCCACAAAGUUGAAUGAGCUCAUUCAGGUUGGGGCCACCACAGUGCGUUACAAAGGAAGAAACCUGCGUAUCAAAGCGCCCAUGUGCCGAGCCCUGAAGAAGCUCUGUGACCCGGACGGCUUAAGUGAUGAAGAGGACCAGAAGCCAGUGCGUCUGCCCUUGAGAGUCCCGGUAGAGCUACAGCCAAGGAACAAUCAUGCCUGGGCCCGCGUACAGAGCCUCUCCCAGAACCCCCGGCUCAGGAUGAUCGUGGAGCUCCAUCGCAAGGUCUCCAGCCUCAUUGAAUUUUUGAAGCAGAAGUGGGAGCUCCAUGAAGUGCGGAUUCGAAAGACGCUCGCGGAGCGGCAGCUGCAGGAUUCGUUUGUGGAGCCGUCGCAGGAGAAAGUAAUGCUGCACCUGUUCCCAGGGGAGAACUGUACGCUGACCCCACUCCCAGGAGUGGCCCGUGUGGUGCACUCCAAGGCCUUCUGCACGGUGCACUGGCAGGAGGGUGGUCGGUGCAAACAAAGCUCCAAAGAUGCCCACACGCUGCCUCCAGCUCAGAUCCUGGGCAUCCAGAGCGGGCAGGGUACGGCCAGGGGCCAGGUGAAGUGCCCAAGGAGCGGCACCGAAGGCAAGGGCGGGGGGCGGCCUCCUCCCUCCAUGGACACUUCUCAGAGCUCUGGAGAGAGUUCCCCUGAAAGUGCCCUUGGGGAGGGGGCUGCCCCAAGCCUCAGCAGCCCGAACGCUCCCGACAGGCUUCCUCCUGGGCUCCAGGAUGCUGGGGUACAGACCCCUACGGCAGCUCCUAUAGAGGUUGGGGACAGCCCAGCCCAAGAGCCCAGGGCCACGACUUGUGCCUGUGGCCAACUCCCAGAGCUGGAGGAUGACCUCUCUCUCCUAGACCCCUUCCCCCGCUACAUGAAGUCCUGCCAGGACCUCAUCCUCCCUGAGCCGUGCCACUGUGCAGACUCUCGGCUCUCAGUGUGCGUCUCCCCAGAGACUCAAGCCCCCAGCAGCGCAGAGGUGGCCAACCUUGCCCGGACCAGGGCACCAUCUCCUGUCCGUGGCCUAUCUGGCCUGGAGCCUCAGCCCAGUCCAGGGCUCCAGCCAGAUGUUUGCACUAAAGACUCAGCAGAUGCUCCUGCGGAGGAGCCCCAGGAGAAGGUGAGCCCCUCGGACCCCCCGCCACCUCAGGGACAGCCUGCCAAGCCUCCAAAAGAUGUCCCUGCCAGCCGGCUGGCCCAGCAGCUCCGCGAAGAGGGCUGGAACCUGCAGACCUCCGAGAGCCUGACACUGGCCGAAGUCUACCUCAUGAUGGGAAAGCCGAGCAAGCUGCAGCUGGAGUACGACUGGCUGGCCGAGCUGGGCCCUGAGGGCCAGGCCCCGGGCGGUUCCCCACCUGCCGCCUUUCACAAGCAGCGCCUCCUCAGCUGCCUCCUGAAGCUCAUCUCCACUGAGGUCAACCCCAGACUGGCUCCAGAAUCGAACGCCAGCUCCAUGGCCUCAGCGAGACCCGCCCAGGAGGAACAGUCGACGACGCCCCCUGGGAAGGUGGUGAACAUCAGCUCCCGGAGCCCCCGCUGCCCGAGAAACCAGUCUGCCCUUCGCAACAGCAAGACCUUCUCGCCCAGCUCUGCGCCUUGUCCCUCCUCAGGUUUGAGAAACCCUCCAAGACCCCUCUUGGUGGCUGGUUCCUCCAGUACAGGAAGCAGUGACUCAGAUGGUGGCCUUUUUGCUGUCCCAACAACUUUGCCACCCAACAGCCGACAUGGGAAGCUCUUCUCUCCUAAUAAAGAGACAGAAUUGACUUUCCUUCAGCACCUGAACUCCAUCAGCAUGCAGUCGGAUUUCUUCUUGCCAAAGCCCCGGAAACUGCAGAACCGGCACCUACGGAAGCCUCUGGUGGUCCAGAGAACCCUGCUUCCUAGACCUUCUGAAAACCAGUCCCACAACGUCUGCUCCUUCUCUAUCAUGUCAAAUUCCUCCAUCACCGGUAGAGGCUCAUUCCGGCCCAUCCAGUCUUCCCUCACCAAAGCGGCUCUGUCUCGGCCAAUCAUGCCCAAGGUCCUUCCUCCUCAGGCCACAGGCCACCUGGCCAGUGCUGUUGACUUAGCAGCUACAAGUGCCGGCAUCAUCCCCGGGAGCCCCCUCCCUGUCUUGGAUGCUGAGGGUUUGUCUGGCAUCUCUCCACUGUCUUCAGAUGAGGCAACGGCUACCCUUUCGGGUCAGGACUCCACUGGCGCCCUCCAGAAUGGAGACCCCCUCCCCACUGUGGGGGGUACAAGCGAUCCAUUCAUCAGCAUCCCCUCGAGGCCUGAGCAGGAGCCAGUGACGGAAGGUUUCCAGGGUUCACCUGUCCUCUCCUUAACUGAGCUAUCCAAGGCUCCUCUGCACAAUGGGCUUUCCACCCAGUUGCCCUUGGCGGAAGGCUCCAGCACUCGGCUCUCUCCGCCUAACGUGUCUGCUCUUCUGGACAUCUCCCUGCCUGGCCCGCCUGAGGACGUGCUCUCACAGGGAGAGCCUGCCACUCAGAUCAGCGACUCCAUCAUUGAGAUUGCCAUCAGCUCUGGCCAAUACGGUGAAGGAGUUCCUCUUUCUCCAGCAAAACUAAAUGGCAGUGACAGUUCCAAGAGUCUUCCUUCACCAUCCAGCAGCCCCCAACCAGAUUGGAUUGCCUCCCCCACCCAUGACCCCCAGUGGUGCCCCAGCGACCCCACGGACUCGUCCCUCGGCAGCUUGUUUGCGAGCUUCAUCUCAGAGAAAGGCCGAAAGAUGCUGCCGACUCCAGUGGGGACCCACAGUGGCACCUCCCUGCUGGGCCCCAGCCUGCUAGAUGGAAACUCGAGAGACUCGUUUGUGUCCAGAUCCCUGGCCGAUGUGGCAGAGGUCGUGGAUUCCCAGCUGGUGUGCAUGAUGAAUGAAAACAGCGUUGAUUAUAUAUCUCGAUUCAACGACUUGGCCCAGGAGCUGUCCAUUGCCGAGCCCAGCCGCCGAGAGGUUCUGUUUGAUGGCAGUGGAAGUGGCCCCCCUGUCAGUGACCUAUCCCAGUGA